AUGGAAAUUUAUGGGGAAGAAGUGAAGGAAGGAGAAGAAGUUAGGGAGGAAGAAGAAUCUUUGGAUGGAGAAGAAGUCAAGGAUAAAGAAGAAAUUAUGGAUGAGGAAGAAGCUAAGGAGGGAGAGAUGAUUAUUAUGGAUGGAGAAGAAGUCAAGGAAGGAGAAGAAGUCAAGGAAGGAGAAGAAGUCAUGGACGAAGAAGAUGUUAUGGAGGGAGAAGAAGUUAAGGAAGGAGAAAAAGUUAGGGACAGAGAGGAAAUUAAAGAAGAAGAAGAAGAAGUUAAGGAUGAAGAAUAA